ACACUCACGCCCUCACUCUUUACCGCGUAGUGAUGUAGCCGCCACUUUUCCUGUAGCUCUAAUAUGUAAUUUUUCUUAUACCGAUGCAUUCCUUCCUUAGGCCCUACCAGUACUGCCGCCUUUCCCAUCGCAGCCGCAGUCAUGCGCAUCCCUCUCUUCCGCAUCUGGUACUCGACCACGUACACGGCGCUUCUCAUCAUCCUGCUCCUGUUCCUCGCCGUCACCCCUUCCGACACGAUAUACCAGUCGAUCAAAUCCAACGAGAUCCAGAAGCUGUUCGUCAUUGGUGGAGUCUAUGUGCUCACGAGUCUGAUUGUGUUGUUGAUAUACUCGACGCGCAUCUACACGAAUAGAACCGUGCUUGCUGCGAUACCGAAGAGCUAUGUGCCGGUCGAGGAGGGAGAAGUGGGCAAGGGUGUGAGGAGGAUGAUAGUAAAGCAUUUCAAGAGAAGUGCCGUUGUUGCAUGGGACAGCAGGCCGAGGGACCUUAGGGGUGAGGUCGAGGAUGGAGAUGAAGAGAAAGGACAGCUUUCGCGUGCAGGAACGGCUGAGAGUAAGAAGGAUAAAGAAAAGUCACACAAAAAGAAAGGCCAUCACCACCAUGCGGCCGAUGCGACCAUCAUACCCGUCUCGCCAAAGUCGCCGCCUUGGGGACAUAUUUCCCAUCCUGGUUGGGCCUCUCCCUCUUCACCGGACCUGCCUAACCUGCAGUAUUGGAGCGUUGUCUGCGAGCUUCCCAAUCUCAUCGAAGCAAAGGCCGUCUCACUUGCGCCGCCUGACCCUGCGCUUGAAGAAAGCGCCCAGCAAUACCCGGACAAUGCACCGCCUCUACCAGAUGCUCGAAUCGUCACCCUGCUCCAGCGCCCGCGCGCAAUGGGUUUGCGCGAAUACCUGUCUCGACUCGCAGAAUUCGGACUGCUUAACCCACCCUCGCUCGGCCCUGCAUUCCUUUCACAGUACGAGUAUGCGCGCUUCUCCACAGCCAGCCUAACCGAAACACAAUUCCGCGAUCUCAUGGCCAUAUUUGCAGAAGUACUAAACGGCAUGAAAGAGGUGGACCCGGCCGUUAUCGAAGAAGCGCGUGCAUUGGAUGUGGAAUCAGACACACGCAGUCUUGCGCCUACGGAAUCCAGCUUGGACUCAACCAUCUCCUCGCACUCACACAUGCCCUACCGCACACCGCAACUCGACCGCAAAUCUACCCUGUCGUCUCUCAACAGCUUCCUGUCCACAUCAAGUAGCGACGCCUCAACAUCGCACUCUCCACAAACUGCCCGCACCGCACCCUCACGCCAGCACGAGCGCGGUUCCACCAUCUACGGCACGCCCUCGCAGCGAUCGUUCGCCGGCUCAGAAUCUGAAACGGGAUCCGUGGUCAUUCACGCUCGCUCGCAACGGAGCCCGAGCACCAUUUUUCCGAAUUCCAGCGAGAGCUCGCUGGGUUCCCAGGGCAGUGUUAUACGAUUGAAUUUGAAUCCCGGUGAGGGCGAGCUGCCGUACCAGUAUAAUAUCGAUGGGGGAUGAAUAAUUGCAUGAGCUUGGGAUGAACGAUUCAAAUACAUUUGCACAUAUGCACAUGGACACGCUGGGGAAGACGUAGAGUACGACCAGAUAUGCUAGGAGUUCAAGCAUAGGCUAGAGAGGAAGAACGCAGCAAAGAUGACACGCAGAGAGGAAGACGAGAAAGAAAGAGAAAGAUGGGAAUAAUCCGGUGCCGAGGUUGUGACGUGACAUGGAAGGAAAAAGAGAAGAAGAGAAUGAAGAAAGAGGAGGAAAUAAAAUCUGCACAAGGGCAGUAAACAGCACAAGAAAUUGUGCCUGAGGCGCGCAUAUGCAGUCUCUCCAAAACCAUCACUUGCUAUUCCGCCUUUUUUCUUUCUUCUUCUUAGGAAGCAAACCACGCAAGUCCAUAUUUAUUCACCAUACUUUCUUGUACAUAUUUACUUAUUUAUUUACGCAUCACAAGCAAAAAUGCUAC